AGGGAGAGGGAGAGGGAGAGGAGGGCAGGCCAAAUAAAGCCAUAGGUGCUUGUGCUGCUGGGAGAGGAGUGCCUGUUAGCAUGCUAUAAAUACUUGAUGCAUCUGGAGGUUCAGGGUUGGCUACUGUCUGGGUCUCAGCAGACCAGAUCACAGGCUCUAUGUUGAUCUAGUGAUUUAUAGAAUUACUGAUUUAUUGGACUGGGACAGGGAUUGGACCAUCCCGGAGGUGACAGGCCAUCAUGCCCAGGAUAGACGUGGAUGUGAAGCUGGACUUUAAAGAUGUCCUGUUCAGACCCAAGAGAAGCAGCCUGAAGAGCAGGUCAGAGGUGGACCUACGGAGGACGUUCACGUUCCGUAAUUCCAAGCAGAGUUACCAUGGCAUCCCCAUCAUCGCUGCCAACAUGGACACCACGGGCACCUUUGAGAUGGCACAGGUCCUCAGCAAGGAUGGCGGCUGCAGCUGUCCUGGCGAUGUGGCUAAGGCAUUUGGCGCUGGAGCUGAUUUUGUGAUGCUGGGGGGCAUGCUGGCUGGCCAUGACCAGUGUGCCGGGGAGGUCAUUGAGAAGAAUGGCAGAAAGGUCAAGCUGUUCUAUGGGAUGAGCUCUGACACGGCCAUGAAGAAACAUGUCGGGGGAGUGGCAGAGUACAGAGCGUCAGAGGGCAGGACGGUGGAGGUACCGUACAGGGGGGAUGUAGAGGCCACCAUCAGGGACAUUCUGGGUGGUCUGCGCUCCACCUGCACCUACGUAGGAGCUGCCAAACUGAAGGAGCUCAGUCGCAGGACCACCUUUAUCAGAGUCACACAGCAGGCCAGCCACAUGUUCACAUAGUAGUAAAUAGACGGACGGACGAACAGACAGACAGGAUCUUUCUUGUGGCUGUUUAGCACUUCACAUCUUAAUGCCUGAUUUCAACUGUGCUGAUUUCAUUUAAAAUGUAAAAGUGUGAAUCUACAACAAUAUUUAUGUAAAUGCAUCAGUUACUUUCCCUGUACACAGUAGACAGAAAGAGGAGAAACAGAGAGAAAUACCAACCUGGACUCAGGGGUAGACGUAACAUAGUAAACGUAUAUCCGUGACACUCCAAUUAGUAUGAUAUGUAACGUUUGGCAUGGUAUUCUUUUGUGGAUGUCCAUCUUCCAUUUCGUCGGAUAUGUUACGAAUUAUAAUUCGUACAAUAUGUUACGAAUUUGCAAAACGUAUGAUAUGUUAUGAAUUCUAAUUUGUUGAGGCUAAGGUUAUCUAGGUGUCUAGGUGGCUAACGCUAAUGUUAGCUAGGUGGCUAAUGUUAGCCAGGUUAGGGAUUAAGGUUAGGAGUUAGGUUUAAGUUAGGGUUAGGGGAUGGGUUAGCUAACAUGCUAAGUAGUUGUAAAAAAAUUGGUAAGUAGUUUCAAAGUUGCUAAUUAGCUAAAAUGAUCAAAUUGUCUGUGAUGUUAUUCAAACACACAGCCUUUGUGUUGCUUGAUGUUCACGUUUUACACCUACCCAUCCACCCUGUCCAACCACCCUACUUUCGUUUUUUGUCUUAACUUCUUGAGAAUACAGGGGGUGCUGUUUUCGCAUUAGCAUAAUUGCCUCUACAGAUUAAACUGCCUCUUAUUCAAUUAUUGCUGUUACUAAAUGCAUAUAACCAUAUACCAUUGGAUAGAAAACAAGCUAUGGUUUCUAAAACCGUUUCAAUUUUGUCUCUGAGUGAAACACAAGUCAUUUGACAGCACUUUCCCUGAGCAAGAAGAAGAUUGCAAGAUGUGUAUGCUCGCUUCAACGCUCUGCCUAUAUAUGGUCACGCCACCUAUGACCCGAAACACACUUCAUUCGUCUUCCUCUGGGUGUCAGGAAGACGUCAGAGGAGAAAUUUUUUGUUUAUCUUGUACUGACGUGAAAUAAGACCUAUUUCUUUAGCGUGACCGACAACUUCCGGUUUUCUGAAACGCGCGUUUUAGAGGUGCAAUCCUCUUUUGUUAUGCUGCCGUUACGGAUGAAAACUAUCUCCGUCUCGAAGUUUGUUUGAUACAUGUGACCAUAUCAUCUUAAUGUAUGUUUUUUCAAUAUAGUUUAAUCAGAUUAUUUGAAUUUUUUCGGGAGUUUUGCCGUGUUCCGUUCUGUGAGUUUUUUAACUUUGGACAGAACCGUGCUAGUCGACCAGUACCUACGCUAAAUGAAGAGGGAAAGUUGCCAUUGUGAAUGGAUUGAACGACUCAUCAGGACUAAGGACACCUUUAUCAACAUUCUGAUGAAAGAUUAGCAAUAGUAAGACCCAAUUUACGAUGUUAUUUCAUAUAUCUGUCGUGCAUGUGAACUGGUCGGGCGCGCCCAGCUGGUUCUGGCUGGCGUGGCUAUGCUAAUUUAGCGCUACAUUUUGUUUUCGCUAUAAAACAUUUAAUAAAUCUGAAAUAUUGUUUGGAUUCACCAGAUGUUGGGCUUUCAAUAUCUGUACGCUGUGUAUUUUUUCUGAAAUGUUUUAAGACAAGUAAUUAGUUAUAUGAAGUUGGUCUCUGUAAUUGUUCUGGCUGCAUCAGCACUAUAUCAGAUUGCAGCUGCAAUGUAGAACUGUGAUUUAUACCUGAAAAAUGCACAUUUAAAAAAAAAAACUAUGCUAUACCAUAAAUAUGUUAUCAGACUGUCAUCUUAUGAAUUUGUUUGUUGGUUAGUGGCUAUAUAUAUUUUCAUUUAGUCGAAUUAGUGAUAGCUACUGACGCAGGAAAAAACUGUUGGAGUAAGAAAAUGGUGUCUUUUGCUAACGUGUUUAGCUAAUAGAUUUACAUAUUGUGUCUUCCCUGUAAAACAUUUAAAAAAUCUGAAAUGGUGGUUUUAUUCACAAGAUCUGUGUCUUUCAUUGGGUGUCUUGGACUUGUGAUUUAAUGAUAUUUAGAUGCUACUAUUUAAUUGUGACGCUAUGCUAACGAUGCUAAUCAG